CAUGAUCAAGGAGGUAGUGUUUUUUCUGUUGGUGCCGUGGACCAUGAUAAGAACCCCCUGGUCCAACCCACCCCCAAGCUCUCCUUCACUCAGAUUGGGCACAUCUUUGUGGUCAGGUUCUGACACCUCAUGGCCUCAUCUUAUAUAAUUUACAACAUGAGGGGCCAAAGCCUCACACUGUACUUUCCUGGAGGACUGCUAGCACAUUCAUUUUCACAAGUAAUUGAUGAAAGAGCACUAUGGAGCACGGUACCCUUCAUCCCAUGUUCCAAAAACAUGCAUGUGAGGUUAAAUGAAGACUUUAGCUCACAGGUGUCAAACUCAAGGCCCGAGGGCCAGAUCUGGCCCGCCACAUCAUUAUAUGUGGCCCACGAAAGCAAAUCAUUGCGUAGCACCAUGACGGAGUUUUGGAAGGAGCACUCCAAGGAGGCCACAGUGCAGGAGAUGAUGCUGGACUCAUGUGCCAUUGAGCUGACUCAGCAGGAACUGCCCGAGAUUCUGUCUAUGCUGCCCACUCUGGCUGGAUGUCAAGUGCUGGAACUAGGGGCCGGCAUUGGUCGAUACACCAGCCAUCUGCUGAAACAGGCGGACCACGUGACCGCCGUGGAUUUCAUGGGGAGCUUCGUGGAGAAGAACAGGCAGAGCAACGGGCACCACAAAAACGUUACCUUCAUCCAAGCUGAUGUCACAAAGCUGGAAUUCCCUCCAAACAGUGUUGACUUUAUCUUCUCUAACUGGCUGCUGAUGUACUUCAGUGAUGACGAGCUGCAGUUGUUGUUAAAGAAAAUGCUGAGGUGGUUGCGGCCCACUGGCUCGCUCUUCUUCAGAGAAUCAUGUAACCACCGCUCAGGUGACUGUAAAAGGGAGUUCAACCCCACAUGUUACCGCACUGAGGCCCAGUACAAUCACCUGACCGCAUCAGUCCAAGUGGAGGAUGAACAAUCGGGUCAGAGGUUUGGUUUUGACAUCGUGCUCAAGAAGAGGGUCAAAACAUAUAUUGAGUUGAAGAACAACCCAAAUCAGAUGUGCUGGUUGUUGGAAAAGGUUGCACGUUCAUCAGACGCAAAGGAGACGUUCAGCACCUUCCAGAUGUUCCUGGACAACAAGCAGUACACCAGGCGUGGCAUCCUGCGCUAUGAGAAGAUGUUCGGGUCGGGUUAUGUCAGCACAGGCGGGCCCAGCACCACCAAGGAAUUUGUUGAUCUGCUAAACUUGCAACCUGGCCAGAAGGUUCUGGAUGUUGGCUGUGGUAUCGGUGGAGGUGACUUCUACAUGGCAAAGGCAUUCGGAGUGGAGGUGCUUGGCUUGGACCUCUCAGAGAACAUGGUGGACAUUGCUAUAGAGAGGGCACUCGCUGAGAGGCUGCCAUUGGUCGAAUUUGAAGUUGCCGAUGCCACAAAGAGAACGUUUCCAGAGGGUUCGUUUGACGUCAUCUAUAGCAGAGACACAAUCCUCCACAUUGCAGACAAGCUCGCUCUCUUCAAACGUUUCCAUUCAUGGUUAAAGCCUGGGGGCCAGCUACUUAUCAGUGACUACUGUUGCGGGGAGAAGCCAUGGACCCCCCAAUUUGAGGCUUAUGUCACGCAGCGGGGCUACAUCCUCUAUACACCACCACAGUAUGGAAAGCUUCCAGACGCUGUGGGCGUGUCGCUGAGAGCUCUGAAAAUCAAAUCCACAGAGGCUACUUCCUUCUCUCAUGGCUCUUAGCAGAAUUUCCAGCGACGGAGAUAGCACACGCUUUCACCGGCUGCAGAGAAUCAGCCUCUCAGCUGGCAUAAUGACCAUAAACUGCGCCGCCAGGACAAUUUUCCAUCCAUCCAUUUUCUACCGCUUAUCCCAGGUCGGGUCACGGGGGCAGUAGCUUUAGCAGUGACGCCCAGACUUCCCUCACCCCAGCCACUUCAUCCAGCUCUUCCGGGGGUAUCCCGAGGCGUCUCCUCCCGCUGGGACGUGCCCGGAACACCUCACCAGGGAGGCCUCCGUGAGGCAUCCGAAUCAGAUGCCCGAGCCACCUCAUCUGGCUCCUCUCAAUGCGGAGGAGCAGCGGCUCAACUCUGAGCUCCUCCCGGAUGACACCCUAUCUCUAAGGGAGAGCCUGGACACCCUGUGGAUGAAACUAAUUUCGGCCGCUUGUAUCCGGGAUCUCGUUCUUUCGGUCACGACCCACAGCUCGUGACCAUAGGUGAGGGUAGGAAUGUAGAUCAACCGGCAAAUCGAGAGCUUCGCCUUUCGGCUUAGCUCCUUCUUUACCAUAAGGGACCGAUGCAAAAUCCGCAUCACUGCAGACGAUGCACCGAUCCGCCUGCAGCGUCUGCAAGACAAUUUUCCCUCCAUUGAAAUUCAACGGGACAACGCGCUCGUGGGGCCGCUUCAGAGUGUGCGGCCACAGCGCGCAACGCGCACCGGUCCCCGCUGAUGCAUUUUUCUUCCCUCCUCAUUCCCGCAACAUGCGGUUGAGCAACUGUAAAGCUGACGGCCGUAAUGCUGUUUCACUGGACCUCCAGCGGCUUCUCUUACCACAUUCGGGCUGGCAAAGGGCCGUGGGGCGGCAGAUCUCAUCCAGUUCAGAUUUCGUCCGGCCGCUACCUCGCAACCCAACUCGUGGUGGCAGUCGGCAAAACACAUAGUCCAAAUAACACAAAAGACAUUACACUUCAGGGAAGAUGUAUUUUUGCACGCUAUACUGGUAGAACUGGGUGAAGUUAUUCACAAACAAGGAAAUGCAUUUCCACCAAGUGGCCGCUGCAUGAAAUUUGCCGCAUUUGGUGUUAAUCUCGUGGGGAGUGCAUUCUUAUGACAUCACAAGGAUACUUUUUAGCCCCACUCACGAAAUCAGGAAACUUUAGAAGGUGAAAAAGAGUUUUAAACCAUAUCUCAACAAUUCAGUACAAUAUAGUUCUCAGUCUUUACACCUGUUUUUAGCACUUACCUUCAAACAAUUAUUUAUAAACAAAACAUGGAUUUUCAUUUUGGAGGUCUUUAAGUGUACUAGACCACCACCCAAUGUAAGGUUUAUGUCACAGCUGCCCUAAAUUACAGCAUUGGUAAUUACGAGAAUGAUUUUUAAAAAAAAUUUUUGUUAAUCCACCCUUGUGUACAAACUCUGUAAUCAUAAUGAUAUUUUUAAUGGUAAAAUAUAUUUAUGAUUGUUAGCAUGAAUUUUCAAAUUAUGAUUGUUUACUUGCAAUAAAUAAGAAGCAGAAUGUAACCUUAAUGCACAUGGUAAUAAUCUUUGCAUGACAAUGACAAUAUUUCAUUUUUCAUUUGGCACCGGUUAUUCAGCAGUAGAGAUAACGCUUAACGACUUUUGAAAUGGCACUUCUCAUCGUCAUCUCUUAUCUUGUCUCCUGAAAGUUUAGUUUGGUGUGACCUCACCUCAUUGCUUCUGUUGCUCAUGUUGUGUCCCCUGUCCGAU